GUGCGAUUUCCGGGUGACCUCGGAAGUGUCUCACUUGAAUUGGACCGCUUUAUUUUUCUUUCCUGGGAAGCGGACAGGCUCAAUCUUGUAAAAACUAUUUCAACCUUCGAAUUGUUUACCUCCUGUUAGAUUUUAUUUAUUUUUUCUUUCGUUCGUGUUUGCAUUCACUCAAAAUUGGUGAGAAACAUGUCCAGGAGGCGACACAGCGACGAGAAUGACGGAGGCCAGGCCCAUAAAAGAAGAAGAACAUCAGAGCCCAUUGAGAUUGAAGACCGUCUGGAGUCUCUGAUAUGUCGUGUCGGGGAGAAGAGUACAUCAUCCCUGGAGAGCAACCUAGAGGGCCUUGCAGGUGUCUUGGAGGCUGAUCUUCCAAAUUACAAAAACAAAAUUUUGCGCAUAUUAUGUGCUGUUGCCCGUCUCCUCCCCGAGAAACUGACCGUCUACACAACGUUAGUCGGUCUUCUCAAUGCCAGAAACUACAACUUUGGAGGCGAGUUUGUGGAGGCCAUGAUUAGGCAGCUCAAGGAGACGUUGAAGAACAACUUGUACAAUGAAGCUGUUUACUUGGUGCGUUUCCUUUCUGACCUGGUCAACUGUCACGUGAUCGCUGCUCCUUCUAUGGUGGCUAUGUUUGAAAACUUUGUCAGUGUUACUCAAGAAGAAGACGUACCUCAGGUUCGGUCAGACUGGUUUGUGUAUGUGGUUCUGUCCUGUCUGCCCUGGGUGGGCAAAGAGUUGUAUGAAAAGAAGGAUGUUGAGAUGGACCGACUCCUCAGCCAGAUUGAAGGCUACCUCAAGAGGAGAGUAAAAACUCAUGUCCAAAUGCUCCAGGUGUGGACUGCAGAGAAGCCACACCCCCAGGAAGAAUACCUAGAUUGUCUUUGGGCUCAGAUCCAGAAGCUAAAGAAAGACCGCUGGCAGGAGCGUCACAUCCUUCGUCCAUACAUCGCCUUCGACAGCGUCCUGUGUGAAGCCCUGCAGCACAAUCUGCCACCCUUUACUCCACCUGGCCACAUGCCGGACGCCCAGUACCCAAUGCCCCGAGUCGUGUUCCGCAUGUUUGACUACACCGAUGCCCCAGAGGGUCCAGUUAUGCCUGGCAGCCACUCAGUGGAGAGGUUUGUCAUUGAAGAGAACCUGCACUGUAUCAUCAAGACCCACUGGAAAGAAAGAAAAACAUGUGCUGCACAGUUACUCAGUUAUCCUGGGAAAAAUAAGAUUCCACUCAACUAUCACAUCGUGGAGGUGAUUUUUGGAGAACUUUUCCAGCUGCCAACCCCUCCGCACAUUGACGUCUUGUACACGACACUGCUUAUUGAACUCUGCAAACUGCAGCCAGGCUCUUUGCCUCAAGUUUUGGCUCAAGCUACAGAGAUGCUUUACAUGAGACUGGACACUAUGAACACGACCUGCAUUGACAGACUUAUUAACUGGUUUUCUCACCAUUUGAGCAACUUCCAAUUCAGAUGGAGCUGGGAUGACUGGGCUGACUGCUUAACAGUGGAUCUAGAGAAACCCAAGCCCAAGUUUGUGAAGGAAGUUCUGGAAAAGAGUAUGAGACUUUCCUACCAUCAGAGGAUCGUGGACAUUGUCCCUCCGACCUUCUCGGUGCUCAUUCCUGCCGAACCCAUCUUUAUCUAUAAAUACCUAGAUGAGACUGCAUCAACAUUACCAGGUUAUCAAUUAUCCAUCACUUUGGGAAAUGCCAUCAAGAACCGAGCGACAAACGAGGAGAUUCUAACCAUCCUUAAAGAAGUUCCCAACCCCAACCAGGAGGAUGAUGAUGAUGAAGGCGAAAGCUUCAACCCUCUGAAGAUCGACGUCUUCCUCCAGACUCUCCUUCACCUUGCCGCCAAAUCCUUCAGCCACUCCUUUAGUGCCCUGGCCAAGUUUCAUGAGAUUUUAAAGACAUUGGCCGACAGUGACGAGGGGAAGCUUCACACGCUUAAAGUGAUUUAUGAAGUGUGGAGGAAUCACCCGCAGAUGAUUGCUGUGUUGGUGGACAAAAUGAUUCGAACACAGAUCGUGGACUGCGCCGCCGUCGCCAACUGGCUCUUCUCUCAGGACAUGGCGCAUGAGUUCACCAGACUGUACAUCUGGGAGAUUCUACACUCGACCAUCAGAAAGAUGAACAAACAUGUCCAGAAGAUCCAGAAGGAGCUGGAGGAGGCGAAGGACAAGCUGGAGAAACAGCAACUUAAGAGGAGGGACAGUGGCGAUGACGAGGACAUGGACAAGAACAGCGAGGACGAGGAUGGUCAGCUUGAGGAGCAAAUCGAGAGGCUCCAGGAGAAGGUGGAGUCUGCCCAGAGUGAACAGAAGAAUCUUUUCCUUGUCAUUUUCCAGCGCUUCAUUAUGUUGUUGACGGAGCAUCUGGUUCGCUGUGAGACGGGCAGCGUAGAUAUAAGCACACCCUGGUAUAAGAAUUGUGUGGAUCGACUGCAGCAGAUCUUCCUCAUGCACCACGUGACCAUCCAGCAGUACAUGGGAACUUUAGAGAAUCUGCUGUUCACCGCAGAGCUGGACCAUCACAUCCUGGCUGUGUACCAACAGUUCUGUGCUCUGCAGCUCUGAGACCUGCACUGAUGAGAGGACGACGAGUGUCUCACCUGCUAAAAACACAAACAUUAGGAACCACCAGCUCUGGCAUUGAGGAUUCUACUCAUUGUAGUGUGUGUGCAUGGGUGAAAAUGUCCAUUGUGCAGGAGUCACUGUUUGUUUUGUUUUGUUUUUUUUCUUACCCCUUAUGUUUAUUUUUUAGCCAGUUUUUCACUCUGUUUGCCCAUUUCUUUUUAAAAUGAUAUAAACUGUCUGAUACAGACUAGGCUGGAGAAUCAAAUUCUAAAUUAGAGAAUUCGAUUUUUUUUUUUUUUUAUGUUUUCAGUGGGUUUACAGCUGGGAAAUGAUUCCAUCAGUCUUUCUUUAGUGCAGCCACAAACGUCUGCUUGGGUUGUCUGUUUCUAAAGAUGAGGACUAUACAGAAAAAAUAACUACCUGACGAGUUGAAAUCACACAAAUCCAGAAAAUAAACAGAUACUUUUUUAAA